CAUGACUGCUGGCUGCUCUCAAAGUUAAAAAGAGACUUUGUUUAUCUUGCAGGCUGUUUUCCUCAUCAAACGCGCUCGGCGUGAGGGUUCACCUGCUUCUCUGCCAACCUGGCCUGCCUGUUGUUUACUCUUCUCUUGAAGAGCCUUUGCUAGCGCCACAGACGUUAAUUAUCAUUUCUGCUGUUUAGCAUUAUUCAUAUUAAUCCUUCUUUUUGCUAUUUAGCUUAGACGUACACCGCUGGAAAAAAGAAACAGCAACCACCCCCCAUCUCAUUCCAUCUAAGCUAGUUUAUCCUUUCCGCGUUUGAGUUGCUGUUUUCGAGUGGAUUGUUUCUGCACCUCCGUGGAAGAAGAAACAAGAAAGGGGAGCGAGUUCUCGAGCGAGUUUCGUCAUGGCGACCGAAGUGGGCGCUUUGUCUUCGGCUCAGCAGGAAGACGGCAUGCUCUCUCAGGACAACACAAAGGAAGAAGUGGCACAUCCCUACGGAGAUGAUGACGACGACAUACUGAACGAGGCAGAAGUGAACGGUAACUGGACCCCCCAGGAGAAAGCCCUUCACGAGGCACGUCUCAAAGCCAAAGCCAAACGACGCCUGCGCAAGUCCUCGUCCCGAAACUCUACCAGCGAGUCCCUCUCAGAGUCGGGGGACCCUACAGCAGGCGACCCCCACAGUCCAAAAGGCAAAGUCUGCACCAAUGACCGCAAAUCCAGGACAGGCAAAGGCAGAGGUCUGCCGAAAAAAGGUGGUGCAGGUGGUAAAGGAGUUUGGGGGGCUGCUGGGAUGGUUUAUGAGGUUGAGGAACCUGAUGCACAAGACCCAAACUAUGAUGAAUCCGCUCAGGGAGAUACAGUUUAUGCAACAGUUGUUCCAGAGGUAGAUGAGAAGGAACUGGAAAAAAUGGUCAACCCAAUCGUCCAGGAAUACUUUGAACAUGGAGACACAAAAGAGGUCCAGCUGCUACUGAAGGAGCUCAAUCUGGGACCCCAUAAGUACGAGUUCUCCUCCGUGGCAGUUUCUUUGUCCUUGGAAGGCAAAGCUAGCCACAGAGAGCUGACCUCCCGUCUACUGUCAGACUUGUCUGUUAAGCUGCUGUCCCAAAACGACAUGGCCCGAGCUUUUGACAAGAUGCUCAAAGAGCUCCCCGACCUCAUACUGGACACACCUGAGGCUCCUCAGAUGUUGGGCCAGUUUAUAGCCAGAGCCAUAGCGGAUCACGUCCUUCCCAUGUCGUUCCUGGACUGUUACAAAGGCAAAGUGGACUGUGAGCAUGCCAGAGUGGCUUUGGAUCGUGCUGCAGUGCUGCUGUCUAUGAAGAGAGCGAUGGUGCGUCUAGACAACGUGUGGGGAGUGGGAGGCGGCCUCAAACCUGUCAAACAUCUUGUCAAAGAGAUGAAUCUUCUGCUGAAGGAAUACCUGAACUCAGGAGAAGUGUCAGAAGCAGAGCGCUGCCUAAGAGAAUUGGAGGUCCCCCACUUCCACCAUGAGCUGGUCUAUGAGGUUGUAGUAAUGGUGCUGGAGUCCAAAGGAAACACUGCGAGCCAUAUGAUGAUAAAGCUGCUGCAGUCCUUCUGGAAAACGGGCCUUAUCACUGUGGACCAGAUGAACAGGGGCUUCCAGCGGGUCUACAAUGAACUCCCCGAAAUAAACCUUGACGUUCCACACGCUCACUCCAUCAUGGAGACGUUUGUGGACCUCUGCUAUCAGGAAUCUGUUAUCACCAAGCAGCUAAGAGAUGCCUGUCCCUCCAGAGGGCGGAAACGUUUUGUAAGUGAAGGCGACGGCGGCGUGAUUAAAAACUAAUCCACACUAUGAAGUGGAAACUCAGAAGGAGGAGAGAUGAUCCGGUAUUCCUCCGCGUAUCAAAUUGUCCAGAGGAGGCUGGGAGUUUUAAGUUGCUGUACUCUUUCGCUGAGUACAUGAUCAUCGUCACACAGCUUUGGUGAAAGAAGACUGAAACAAGCCCCCUCCAAUUGGGCCUUCAGUUCCCUUCUUUAUAUUCUUCACUCUUUUGAUUAUUUUUUUUUUGUAAGAAUGUUCAUUAUAUUUUUGGGUUGAGCCACCCCUCUUGUUUCCCAACUUUAGUACCCGUUAUUAUUUUUUUCAGAAAUAAUUAAGUCACAGCUUCAAAUGAGGGGAAGUGGACCUAUUGGUGUGAUUGAGAUAAACGGGUGUUUUUCCUCAUGUUUUUCUUCACCAAGUUUAGCAUAUCGGGCUAUAUUAAAUGGACAAAGCACUUAAAGUAAGCAUACAAUCAGUGUAACGCAGCUCACUAAAGAGGAUCAACGCAUCUUAUUUCUGCUCCCGAUUUGUUUUUUUGUGGGUUUUUUUUUAGUUGUUCAACUGAGUUUGUUUAGCAAAGCAAGAGGUGUUUGAGUGUUAAUUUGAAUCUUACAUCAAGGGACACAUACAUAUACUUUGUGAGACCAUUCUGAACAUGACAAUACUUUGGGAUUAUGGUGUAUGGGGAAAAUUAACAAACUUAAUAUGGUCUGCAGUAAAUUCUGGACAGGUAAAUGCAAAGCUGGAGAGGAGAACAAAGCUGGAAAGUGUCUUUAAAUAUGCCAUCUGUUAAUGUCUGUGUGUUAGCAAAAUGCCUUUUCAUUCUGGAGAUGGUUUUGUUAAACAUUCAGUCUUAACUGCUUUUCUGUCUGUAACAGUUUUACUUGUUGACCAAAAUUUGAAUGUGUAUUAAAAAUGUUAUUUCAUUCAUUAAAAAGGCUACACAAUAAUGUUUCAGUAUUGCUUAUUCUUGCCACACAUGGUUGUAAAAGAGGAAUUUAUUGGACAAGUAGAGUAGAACAUGUACAAGAAUCACAUGAGUUUUCAGUGUGUCUUAAUGUAAUGUUCUAAGGGGGGAAAUAAGCAUAUGCUGGCCAGAAGUUAAUUAUAAUUUUUUUUUUAAAUUUCACGCCUUUUGUCAUCACUGCUGUAUAAAAUAUACUGUAUUUGCUGUAUAUCUACAUGACACGAGUUCACUGUGAAUAAGGGAAUGAAGAAUUUUAACUGCACGGGACUCUGCAUUUUUGUAUUAAACUGUCAAAAUUGCUUUGUAUUCCCAGAGCCAUACAUCCGCUUCACAGUCUAUAAUGUACUUGUCAAUAAAAUAUAUUUCCCUCCAA